UCGAUCCAACAAGAAAGUGGGCGUGUCCCAACCAGGAAGUCCGUAAAUGCACCUAGCUAACAUUUGUUUACAUAUUGUUAGCUAGUUCCGUCUAUGAUUAAUGUUUUAACUUGUUCGUCGAUAUUUACCCAGCUAUAUGAACAAAAGAAAUGACUGCUUCCAAGACUAUUGUGCUGUUCGGGAUUCUGUCCCUGUCCCUUUUUUGUUCUGUAUUUUUGAAAAAUUCCGACAUGGGAGUCAGGGCAGUAUUGCUACUCGCAGGUCGAGGCCUGUUCCUAUUAGGUUUGUCUAGCUGGCUGGUGUCAGUUUUAUAUCCUUGGCUGAGACCCUCCUCUCCCUCUCCUCCUCGUAAUCACAAGGAAGUGCCUGACGAAGAUGUGAAACAGAAACAAGAUUUGGCCAGGGAGGAACAACAAAUGAAACACUCUGAGAAGGCAACGUCUUACCAGGAGUCUGUGCUGAGGCCUCGAAACGAGUUUAGGCUGAGGAAGAGGGUGGAGCGUUUCUACCGCAUGACAGGGGAGGGCUGGAAACUGACCCAGGGCCAGCCAUUGGGGGAGGGAGAGUCACCUGAGCCGCACUCCGAGGUGAAGGAGGAGGAGGAGGGGAGCGACACGCCGAAUCAGCAGGCUUUAAGGAGGAGAAAGCUACCGGAGGAAGCCACCAGAGCACAUCCACAGCCUGAACGUCCUGCAGUGAAGAGGGUUGUGGUUUUGCCAGAUGAGCCAUCAGACGAUGCUGAUGGGGUUGUGCGGGUGGCUUUAAGGUGUCCCAGUGGAAGAAUUGUCAGGAGGAAAUUCCUGAAGUCAUACAACUCACUGGUUCUCUUGGACUGGCUGCAUAAGACUGGGUAUCACCCUGCCAUCUACACCAUCUGUACCUCCUACCCCCGCAGUCCACUGGACCUGGGAGGGGACAUGACCCUCGCGGACGCAGGUAUCAACACAGACACAGUCUUUAAUGUGGAGGAGAAGGACCCCUCUAUGACCUGAAGAAACCAUUCUCUGAUUCAUAUUGCCAAAUUUACUGAAGCAUUACAGAGCAGAUGAUUUGUAAGGACACUGGACGAAGCAGUGGUUGGGCUGACCGUUACUACAGCACACAGCAGUCAGUCCACCGAUUGCAAAAUGGUCUGAAUGCAUUUGUGCCAUUUUUUCUUUCUUGAAUUGGUUUUCUUGCUUUGUGGGUAUUAUUUCAGUGGGUUGAUUCCAGAUUGUAUUCCUAAUUAAAUCAAUAAAAAAAUGUUGUUCUUGAAAAACA